AUGGGUGUUAAGCCCAGAACCGACCGCCCUGUUGCAGUCAUCGGCGGCGGCGUCCUCGGCCGCCGCAUCGCCUGUGUCUUCAUCGCUGCUGGCUACCGUGUCCACAUCCGGGAUCCCUCACCGGCGGCUCUACGUGACGCAGCGGAGUACGUCGAUCACCACAAAGCCGAGUUCUCGUUGAUGCCACGCAUUACCAAGGCACGCGAAGAAGAUGCCGAGGGGAAGGGAACUAAUCCCAAGGAUGGGACCUCCAUUUCCCAGGUUGACCUCGAGUCGCAUACUUCCGCGCCCUACGGUAUCUGCAAGACUUUCACCGAGCUCGAGUCCGCUGUUUCUAAUGCUUGGUUGAUUAUCGAGGCUGUCCCUGAGGUGCUGCAGUUGAAGAUUGAUACUUUGGCGGACUUGGAUAAGCAUGCCCCCGCGGAUUGCUACAUCGGCUCAAACAGCUCCUCUAUGAAGUCAGCCUUGAUGCUUGUCAAGGUCUCCUCUAAGCGCCAGCGCAAAGUCUUCAAUAUUCACUUCGCUAUGCCUCCUUCAAUCCGCAUGGUCGAGCUGAUGACCUGUGGUAAGACCGAUCCCGAGAUCUUCCCUUACUUGGAGACUGUCCUGGGCGAGUGUGGCAUGUUGCCAGUGACAGCUCGCCGUGAAUCGACCGGAUUCAUCUUCAACCGCAUCUGGGCAUCAAUCAAGCGCGAAAUCAUGCAAAUCCUCUCCGAAGGCGUCAGCGACCCUAGCGAAAUCGACCUACUCUGGGAACACAUGUUUAGGAAUGGCCCUCUCCCCUGCCAACUGAUGGAUCAAGUCGGUCUCGACACCGUCGCCUUCAUCGAAGACAACUACAUCCAAGAGAGGGGUCUUCCCUCCGCCUCAACCGUCGACUGGCUGCGCAAGGAAUACAUCCAGCAAAACCGCCUUGGCAAGAAGAGCGAAAAGGGCGGCCUCUACCCCCCACUCGCGAAAUCCUCUACUGCAAAAGCAACCCCUGCAAGCCCACACAGUGCCGCAAAGGACAUCUACCUACUGGACGUAGGACUCGGCGGAAACGCAAAGGAUGUCUCGCAGGUCCACUCCAACGGCAAAAUCCUCCGCCUCAACCUCGCAACCCAGAAACUCACCCCCGUCGUCGUCGGCCAGAACCUGCCCGAUGGCAUCGACGUGUCAUUGGACGCGCAGCGCAUCUUCUGGACGAAUAUGGGCCGCAGCACGGCGGCAUGCGAUGGCUCCGUCUGGUCCGCUGAUAUGGAAGGCGGCGAUAUGACGUGUCUUAUUCCUGUUGGACAGGUGCACACGCCCAAGCAGCUCGCGGUUAUCGAGUCGCGGAAACAGAUUUACUUCUGUGACCGCGAGGGAACAAGCGUGCAUCGUUGUGACUAUGAUGGGAGUAACCACAUUAUCCUUGUACAGCGCCGUGCGGAGCCGGGUACCAGUCUGUUAGAGCAGAUGACGCUUUGGUGUGUGGGUGUUGCUGUUGAUGCCGAGCGCGGUCUCUUGUACUGGACCCAAAAGGGGCCAUGCAAAGCUGGUCGUGGUCAGAUCUUCUGCGCUGGCUUGAAUAUUCCUGCUGGUGAGACUGCCGAGAAUCGGACUGACAUUCGGCGUCUGUGGAAUAAUCUCCCUGAGCCUAUUGAUAUUGAGUUGGAUAGCGAGAGUCGGACUCUGUACUGGACAGAUCGUGGCGAACACCCUUUCGGAUGCACGCUGAACCACGCGUAUGUGGGUGGUGAAGAGAUGGAUAUGGAGAAGGUUAUUCUGGCACGUCACUUCCACGAGCCUAUUGGCUUGAAGUUGGAUAAGGCGAACAACAUUGUGUAUGUGGCUGACCUGGGUGGUAGCUUGUACUCGGUUUCAUUGGAAGAUGGACUUAAGACUGAGCUUGUGCGCAAUGAUGUUUGCUACACUGGUUUAACACUUGUUUAG